AUGGACGCGAAAGAAAAGGAGCUCAAUAUCGACGACACAUCCGACAAAGAAGUGGCACAAGAAGAGACUGCUUUCAGCGCUUAUCUUCGAAUCUUUCGCUAUGGAUCGCCCACCGAGUAUACAUUGCAAAUUGCAGCGACUGCCUGCGCCCUGGGAUCUGGGGUCGCCAUGACCAUGGUCAACCUGGUGUUUGGCCGGUUUAUCACUCUCAUGGUGGAUUAUAUCUCGGGUGCUUUAUCGCCGGCGGUCUUUCGCAGCGAAGCCGGCCGAUUAUCUCUCUAUUUUUUCAUUAUUGGAAUUGCGCGCUUUGUCCUCACCUAUGGAUACAGCACCCUUUUCACGCUCGCCGCGUACCGUAUCACGCGAAGCAUCCGCCAUCAGUACCUCAAGGCCGGCCUGAGCCAAGAAGUCGCCUUCUUCGAUGCUGGAACAGGCGGUGCCAUUGCCAUGCAAGCUACUUCAAAUGGAAAGCUUAUACAAGCAGGGAUAUCGGAAAAGCUGGGGCUUGUGUUCCAGGCGAUUUCGACGUUGAUAUCGGCCUUUGUUUUGGCAUUCGUCACGCAAUGGAAGCUGACUCUAAUUUCUUGCUGCAUUGCUCCAACCAUUCUCAUCGUGAUUGGAAUAACCUCUGCCAUUGACGCUUCAAUUGAAACCCAAAUACUCCAGAUUCUGGCGCAGGCGGGAUCCUUUGCAGAGAGCAUUUUCUCGAGCGCUCGCACGAUUCAUGCUUUUGGGCUUCAACAACGACUCGUGGAAGAUUUCGACAAGUUCUUGCAGGCUGCACAGAGACUCGGUAAUAAGAAGAGUCCUCUGUAUGGGUUCUUGUUCUCGGCGGAGUAUAGCGUGAUUUUUGCGGGACACGGCUUGUGUUUCUGGCAGGGCAUUCGCAUGUUAGCCCGGGGAGAAGUCGCAGAACCGGGUGAUAUAUUUAUCGUGCUCAUGUCGGUGAUCAUCGCAUCGGCGAGUCUCACCUCGAUGGCCCCAUUCCUGAUUGACUUCACACGCGCUGCCUCCGCAGCUGCAGAGCUAUUCCGGCUCAUGGACCGCAUUUCGAUAAUUGAUCCGUUUGAUCCCUCUGGAGAGAAACCUAUGGAGGUGACGGGGGACAUUAACUUCGACCGCGUUUCUUUCAGCUAUCCCAUGCGCCCUGGUGUGACAGUGUUGAGUGAUUUCUCGCUACACAUUCCCGCCGACAAGACAACAGCUCUUGUCGGAGCGAGUGGGUCAGGCAAGAGUACCAUUAUCGGUCUAAUCGAACGAUGGUACAAUCCAUUGUCGGGAACAGUUAAGCUAGACGGCCUCGCCAUCGACCAGCUCAAUCUUCAAUGGCUGCGGAAACAGGUCCAGCUCGUCCAGCAAGAGCCUGUAUUGUUCGCCGGUACGGUAUUUGACAACAUCGCCAGCGGCCUCGUUGGUACACCAUGGGAGAACGAGUCAGAGCCCGAGAAGCUAGUCCGAGUGAAAGAGGCCGCCCAGAUCGCCUUUGCGCAUGAUUUUAUCUCUGACCUCUCAAAUGGCUACGACACUGUCAUUGGAGAGCGAGGGGGCUUGUUAUCUGGCGGCCAGAAGCAGCGUGUUGCAAUCGCCCGGAGCAUUGUCUCGCAGCCACGACUCCUACUGCUCGACGAGGCCACGAGUGCGCUUGAUCCCCAUGCAGAGGAAGUUGUUCAGCAGGCCCUUGACCGUGUCUCGAAGGGUCGCACAACCGUGACCAUUGCGCACAAGCUGGCGACCAUCCGCAACGCCGAUAAUAUUGUGGUCAUGGAGAAGGGACGUAUCGUCGAGCAGGGCACGCAUGGAUCACUGUUGGAAUCGAACGGUGCCUAUGCCCGCUUGGUGCGCGCCCAGGACCUGUCAGUGACUGCUCGACAAGACCCUGACGACGAUAAUUUGGAUACCUCAGAUGAAGCGGAUGAGCAGAAGCCAGUCGAGCUCACCAAGACACUGACUCGAUACUCGACUUCGACGCGAGGGGGGCUGGAAAAGCAGUUGGCUAGGGAUGAUUUCAACAACUGGAACUCGCUGGGACUCCAUCAUACAGUCUGGCGGGUGGUCAAUUCGACUCCAGAACUCAAAUGGACGUAUCUGUUUCUGACCCUGGGAUGUCUUAUGGGAGCGGCGGCUUUCCCAGGCCAGGCAGUUUUGAUGUCCCGGUUCAUUGAGGUUUUCCGACACACCGGCUCAAAGAUGGAAGAAAAAGGAAGCUUCAUUGCGCUCAUGUUUCUCGUUCUCGGCAUCGGUUGUCUCAUCACGUAUUUUAUAAUCGGAUGGUGCUCGAACACAGUAGCGCAGACCGUCAGUCACAAAUAUCGGAAGCAAAUCGUCGCCAAUAUACUCAAGCAAGACAUGCAAUUCUUCGAUCGUCCAGAGAACUCCACCGGAGCGCUAUCCAGCCGUGCAGACUCGUACCCACAAGGUGUGUUCGAGCUCAUGGGCUUCAACAUCGCUCUCAUUAUUGUUGGCUCUAUAGCUGUCAUAUCCUGCAGCAUACUAGCUCUAGCCUACGGGUGGCGACUCGGGCUGGUGAUUGUUCUUGCAGGUCUCCCGCCUCUGCUGGUAUCGGGCUAUGCGCGGAUCAGAACUGAAGCAGCCAUGGACCGCAAAAUUUCGAAGAGCUUUGGUACCAGUGCGUCAAUUGCUUCCGAGGCUGUCAAUGCCAUCCGAACGGUCUCUUCACUGGCGAUCGAGAGGUCUGUCUUGGACAAAUACACCCGUGAAUUGGAUCAUGCGCUCGCGGCAUCGACGAGACCUUUGCUAGUCAUGAUGCUUCCUUUUGCAUUUACGCAGAGUGUCGAAUACUGCUUCUUGGCUUUGGGAUUUUGGUAUGGAUGUCGAUUGGUCUCAUUUGGAGAUUUGGGUCUAGUUGACUUCUUCGUCGCUUUCUUGGGAGUGUUUUUCUCCGGCCAGCAAGCGUCUAUACUAUUUGGGUUCUCAAGCAGCAUGACCAAAGCAACUAACUCCGCCAACUACAUCUUCUGGCUGGAAGGACUUGAACCCACCAUUCAAGAAACAGCCGAGAACCAUGACACUGGUCCCAAUGGGUUUAAGUCUCUUCAAUUGAACAAUCUGCAAUUCUCCUACCCAAUGAGACCGCAUGCUCAUAUACUACGCGGCAUCAAUCUCGAGAUAACCAAAGGACAAUUCGUCGCCUUCGUUGGCGCAUCUGGCUGUGGAAAAAGUACCAUGAUCGCCAUGCUCGAACGCUUCUACGAUCCAGUAACAGGGCACAUCACAAUUGACUCCACAGCCCUAGAUACCAUGAAUCCAUGGCUCUACCGCAAUCAAGUCGCGCUCGUCCAGCAAGAACCAACUUUAUAUCCCAGCACGAUCCGCGAAAACGUGUCAAUGGGGCUACCCACAACAACCAAUCCCUUAUCAAUCUCCGACUCGGAAAUCGAAGCCGCCUGUCGAGCCGCCAAUGCGUGGGAUUUCAUCUCGUCACUACCGGACGGUCUGAACACGCUGUGUGGUAGCAACGGAUUCCAGCUCUCGGGCGGACAGCGGCAACGCAUUGCCAUCUCGCGAGCUCUGCUCCGCAACCCGCGCUUGCUUCUGUUGGAUGAGGCGACGAGCGCGUUGGACACGCAGUCGGAGCGGAUUGUGCAGGAUGCGCUGAAUGAGGCUGCGGCGCAAGGUGAUCGGAUUACGAUUGCAGUGGCCCAUCGGUUGUCGACUAUUAAGCAUGCUGAUGUGAUUUGUGUGUUUGAUGGUGGUAGGAUUGUGGAAACUGGGACGCAUGAGCAGCUGCUUGCCCAUGGCUGGCUUUAUCGGAAAAUGUGUGAGGCUCAGAAUCUUGAUAUGUAA